CAGGCCCUUCCCGCGGGCAGGGAUCGGCCUCCCCAGCGCGCCCGGGACCGGCGGCACUUCCCUUCCCGCGCUCUGCAGCCGAGUCAGAUUUUUGGAAACUUGCAGAUCUGCUAUAGGCAACAAGUUUAACCACUAUAGUGAUUGAGGGCUGAGAAAUGUAAAACCUUCACAAACAGUCUAGGAAACCAGGAGGAUCUUUUCCCAUAACAAUGGCAGCAAAAUCAUCACUUCUUAAAGUAAUACUGCUAGGAGAUGGUGGAGUUGGGAAGAGUUCCCUUAUGAACAGAUACGUCACCAACAAGUUUGAUGCACAGCUGUUUCAUACAAUAGGUGUGGAAUUCUUAAAUAAAGAGUUGGAAGUCGAUGGACAUUUUGUUACAAUGCAGAUCUGGGACACAGCAGGUCAGGAGCGGUUUAGGAGCUUGCGGACUCCUUUCUAUAGAGGUUCAGACUGUUGCCUGCUAACCUUCAGCGUGGAUGACUCUCAAAGCUUCCAAAACUUAAGCAACUGGAAGAAAGAAUUCAUUUAUUAUGCAGAUGUCAAGGAGCCUGAAAGUUUUCCAUUUGUGAUACUGGGCAACAAAGUUGAUAUCGAUGAAAGGCAAGUGUCUACAGAAGAAGCCCAAGACUGGUGCAGGAAUAAUGGCAACCAUCCCUAUUUUGAAACCAGUGCAAAAGAUGCCACUAAUGUUGCAGCAGCCUUUGAAGAAGCUGUUAGAAGAGUUCUAGCCUCUGAAGAUAGAUCAGAUCACUUUAUUCAAACAGAUACAGUAAAUCUUAACCGGAAACCAAAACCCAGUUCAUCUUGUUGUUGACUUCAAUUUCUUUUUGCCAAAUUACUGUUGACUAGCUUGCUCUGUAAAAGAAGGGGGAAGGUGUAGUAGAUAGAGUAACAAAUGGAUUUCAUUCUAAUAUCAAAAUCAUAAUAUUCUGCUGCUUUCAUGAGGGAGAAAAAGAAAAAUCUCCAUUCAUGAGUGACCCAUUAUUGAAUAAGUGAUGCUUUCUGUUUAGGAAGACAUCAAGUAAAACAAAAAUAUAGGAAUGUAAUUUGCCAACUUUAUUCAAAUGAUAAAUAUUUUGAAUAUAAUUAAAACUUGAAAGUUCUAGAAGCACUACUUUGGAGAAGCUGUUCUGGAAUUCAGGCACAAAGAUACUUUUAUAUGUGUAUAUUUUUAUGAAAUCAGCAUUCCACUUUUGUUUUGUUAGAUGUCAGUUUCUUAACAAUUCUAGGUAUUAAACUUCAGUCUCACUACAUUCAUUUUGCUGUGAGUGGUAUUUCAUCUCUAAUGUGGUUAUUGUAAAUUAAUAUAAAUGAUGUCCAGGUCUUCUAAUUGCCUAAUGUUGCUAUAAUUUGUGUAGGUUUAUAAGUAGGAAAUAAGUUUCCUACAUAUUUAAUGUCCGUUUUUUCCUGUCUACUAUUCUAAAUGCUGCACUAAUUUUUCCAGUGGUUUAAUGCAAAAUACUGAUCAUUUUUAAAAUUAAUGUGUGUCGUUGCCUUAAGUCCAUUCUAGCAUGUUUCUAAACAAUAAGGUGAAAAAUCUGGGUAACUGAAGUAUAACCAUUUUUUG